AUGACAGUUGAAGAGAAAAUACAAAAAUUAACUCGAGAUCAAUAUUCAAAAAAUUUAGAGGAUAGAAUAUCAAAAAUACCAAUAGAAAAUUAUAGAAAUUUUAGUAUAGUGGCUCAUGUCGAUCAUGGAAAAUCUACCUUAUCAGAUAGAUUAUUGGAACUAACUGGGGUGAUACAACCUGGUUCGAAAGCUCAAGUCUUAGACACUUUGGAUGUGGAAAUUUCCAGGCAAAUUACAGUGAAAUCUCAUGUAGCAUCCAUGAUUUAUAAACAUUCAAAUGGAGAAGAUUAUUUGUUACAUUUGGUUGAUACUCCUGGUCAUGUUGAUUUUAGAGCCGAAGUUAGUAGGAGCUAUGCCUCUUGUGGUGGUGCAUUGUUAUUGGUAGAUGCAUCUCAAGGCGUUCAAGCUCAAACUGUAGCAAAUUUUUAUCUUGCUUACAGUAUGGGUUUGAAAUUAAUUCCCAUCAUAAACAAAAUUGAUCUUGACCUGGCUGAUAUUCCAAGAUCAGUUGAGCAAGUAGAAUCUACUUUUGAGUUAGAUCCAAAAACUUGCAUUCCGGUAAGUGCUAAAACUGGUUUGAAUGUUGAUCGUAUAUUACCAGCAGUGAUUGAAAGAAUACCUGCACCAGUUGGAGAUGAGAACAAACAAUUAAAAGCAUUAUUAGUUGAUAGUUGGCAUGACCCUUAUGUUGGAGUUGUGAUGUUGGUUCAUAUAGUCGAUGGUAAGGUUAAGAAAGGGAUGAAAAUACUUUCUGCUCAUUCUAAUAAAGCCUAUGAUGUUAAAGAGGUUGGAAUUAUGCAUCCCGAGCGGACUCCAAUGGAUCUUAUAAAAGCGGGUCAAGUAGCUUAUAUCAUUCCGGGCAUGAAAAAUCCUAAAGAGGCUUUAGUCGGAGAUACUUUUUUCCAAUUGGGAAAAAGUGAAGGUUUAAAACCAUUACCAGGCUUUGAGGAGCCGAAACCAAUGGUUUUUGUUGGUGCGUUUCCAGCAGAUGGGAAAGACUUUAACGCUAUGGAUGACCAAAUGCAAAAAUUGGUGCUAAAUGAUAGAUCGGUUUCGCUUGAGAAAGAAACUUCAAAUGCAUUAGGCCUUGGUUGGAGAUUGGGAUUUUUAGGAUCCUUACAUGCCUCGGUUUUUAAAGAAAGGUUAGAAGAUGAAUAUGGUGCUAAAAUUAUUUUAACCGCUCCUACUGUGCCUUACAAAAUCGUUUAUCGAAAUGGUAAAGAAAAAAUUGUAACCAACCCCGAUGAUUUUCCCAUGAAUAAAGUUGUCAAUGAUGUAGAUUAUUAUAUGGAACCUUAUGUUGAAGCAAUAAUGACUUUACCAAAUGAGUAUGUGGGUACAGUAAUGACAUUAUGUUUGAAUAAUCGAGGCGAAUCGAAAGAUGUUGAGUACUUAAAUACUGGCCAGGUUUUAUUAAAGUAUGAAAUACCAAUGGCGCAAUUAGUCGAGGAUUUUUUUGGAAAACUCAAAGGUUGCACUAAAGGCUAUGCAUCCUUAGACUAUGAAGAAAGUGGGUACAGAAAAUCAGAUAUUGUGAAAAUGGAAUUGUGUGUCAAUGGUGAACCUCAAGAUGCUUUGACAACAAUCACUCACAAAUCUCAAGCCCAAGCAAAAGGAAAAGAUUAUGUGUCAAGAUUUAAAAAAUAUUUAAGGUAUCAAUUAUUUGAAGUGGCAAUACAGGCAAGAGUUAAUAAUAAAGUUAUUGCACGAGAAACCAUAAAAGCUAAAAGAAAAGACGUUACUCAAAAGUUACAUGCUGCAGAUAUUUCUAGAUAUAAAAAGUUAUUAGAAAGGCAGAAAGAAGGUAAGAAACAAAUGAAAGCAACUGGUAAAGUUUCUAUUGGAAACGAAGCAUAUCAAGCAUUUUUACGACGUGAUGAUUGA